AUGCGAAUGGGGCAAAACCGGAGGCAGGCGUCAAAAAAGGGGACCAAAAUUUUAGGGAGCUUGUACAUACAUCGAAUAGAUACCCGCAACGUGUCCUCGCUGGGCUUUCACCUUACACAUCCACGCCGCUGUCUGACGUGCUCGUCUGCUAUAGGGGCAGCAUCUAGAGGCCUCUGGCCAACACCCAAGCUGAGAGUCUCACCUUUCCAAGUGGCGUGGGCUUGGUUCGGGUUGGACCGGUCGGGUUUGCAAUGCCCCAAUACAGACACAAUCAAGGUGCUUUGA